CCUGUGCAUUUUGGACAUGCGCAGGAUUUAAAGCUGUUUUUAAAGCAUUUCACAGAGACUGAUCCUGUACUGCAGGUUUCUGUCAGGUUCACUGCAUCCUGUAUGUAUCCGUGGUUACAAAAUUAGAAUUGGAACCUUGGAAUCAUGAGCUGUUAUUAUUCUGAAAUGUGGAAUCAGAACAUUCCGAGUUGAAAAGCUGAUCUGCAUCAACACAAUCCACAUUCAGAUGAAUGUUGUACAUUCAGUAGCUCUGACCUGCACAGAACAUGAGUAAACAGGAAGAAGAGAAGGGAAUGGAGAGGAAGGUAGACGGGAUGUCCUGCAACAUCAUCAAUGAGCUGCGGUUAGAGAAGCAGCUCUGUGACGCAGUCAUCGUGGUGGACGGCGCCGAAUUCCACGUGCACAAGAUCAUCCUGUGCGGCUGCAGCCCAUACUUCAUGGCUCUCUUCACCAACGGCGGGUACCCUCCUGAUAAGCUCAGGUACAGCAUCCCUAAUGUUUCCGCUGAGAUAAUGGAGCUGAUCGUGGAGUACGCGUAUAUAAGACGUGUUAACAUCACGGAGAAAAACGUGUGUAAGCUGCUGAUCGCUGCUGAUUAUCUGUUGGUGAACAGCCUGCUGAACGACUGCUGCACGUUCCUGAAGGCUCAGCUGUGUCCCGAGAACUGCGUUAACAUCUGUCGUUUAGCUCACUCCUACUUCUGCGAGAAGUUGAAGCAGCAGGCCUUCCGGUUUAUCUUGCACAACUUUGAGGAGAUGGUGCGCCUCUCUGAGGAGUUCCUGGACCUGACGGUCGAGCAGCUGAGCGAGAUCAUCGAGAAGGACGAACUGAACGUGAAACAGGAGAGCGUGGUGUUUGAAGCCAUCUUACAGUGGAUCAAACAUGCGCCAUGGAAACGGAAAGCGCACAUAGGAGUGUUACUGCCUAAGGUGCGUCUGGGGCUAUUGACACACAAUUACCUUAUGAACAAUGUGAGCAACAACGUUUUAGUGAUGGACGACAUGACAUGUAAGCCGAUCGUCACCAGAGUUCUGAUGGGCAUCGAUGACCUCAACCCGAGCCUUUCUCUCAGCUCUGAUCUCCAGAGACUCCGCCUGCCCAGCGCCGUUCUGCUGGCCAUCGGUGGCUAUGGCCACAAGAAUCUCAAUACCAUAGAAGCGUAUGAUACGCGAGCAGCGCGCUGGGUCAACGUCACAUGCAACGACGAGAGUCCACGAGCCUAUCACGGGACGGUGUAUCUGAACGGCUUCGUGUACUGCAUCGGAGGAUUCGACAGUGUGGAUUUCCUCAACAGUGUGAGAAGGUUUGACCCCAUCACCAGAACCUGGGCUCAGGUGAACCCCAUGCACUCUUGCCGGUGUGACGUGAGCGUGUGUGUGCUGGACAGUCGUAUCUAUGCGAUGGGAGGAUUUGAUGGCAUCAGACAGAUGAAGACGGUGGAGCGAUAUGAACCUGAGAAUGAUCGGUGGUGCAUGAUCGCGCCGAUGCAUGAACCAAGGGGUGAUUCUAGCGCUACAGUACUGAAUGGCAAAGUGUACAUAUGCGGAGGGUUUGACGGGAACGGGUGUUUGUUCACGGGGGAGUAUUACAGUCCUCAGACGGGAGAGUGGACCCUCAUCACCCCCAUGAUGAUCAGAAGGCGUGGACUGGGCGUGGUCGCGUACGGAGGAUGGGUUUACGCUGUCGGGGGAAAUGAUGGUGUUAAUCACCUAAGCAAUGUAGAGGUGUAUAAUCCUCAGACCAACGUGUGGACACAAGGUCCAGCCAUGAACAACAAGCGCAGCAACUUCGGCAUUGAGGUGCUGGACGAUCUCCUGUUCGUUGCUGGAGGACAUAACGGCACUACCAUCAUGGAUGAAGUGGAGUGUUAUGAUAAGCAGACUUCUGAAUGGCAUGCAAUCGAAAACAUGGGGAUUUCUCGCCAUGCUCUGAGCUGCUGUGUGCUGUCUGGUUUACCCAACAUGGCAGAGUACGCUGCUACCUCACACCUCCUGCCAAUGUCUGAGACGUACAAAUAAACCUCUCCCUUCAUCGGAAUCCUUUUGUUCUCAAGAAUCAAAUUAACCACUCUGAAGCAGUCAAACUACUGAAUUUGCCUUUUGUUUCCCCUGUUAUGCUGCAAGCCGUUGUACUGAAACUCGUAAAACCACAACGUCCCUCAUGGAGACGUGCGAUAGAACAGUCCUGAGAGCUCUCACACACACACACGUACACAUACCUGAGAUCACAAUGACAUGGCGGCGCUCAUGUGGUCAACGCUAAACAGAAUUCCCUUCACGUUAUUUUCUAUGUGAUGAAACCGGACUUUGUUGACUUGUAGCUUUUGUGUCAUAAUUUUCGGUUCGUGACGUAAUUCCGCUGAUUUUAGCCCAAAUUCACUAAUGUGAUAAAAUCACUGUAACGGAUCAUAUUUACAAGAAAAGAUGAAGACAGGGGAUGACGAUUAUACAUCAUUUCUCUCUGUGCAUCACAGGAAUAAUUCAUAUAGGUCUUAUUAAUAUGUUUAUCAAACUCAAAUAUGACCUUGCUCAGAGUAUCCACCAUUAUUUCUGAGCCAGAACGCCUUUAGAUCGGAACGCCGGAAAACUGGUUCUGUACUUUCAGAGCUCGAGUACAACGAAGUGCAGCAUUAAUACCAGCAGAUCCACAGCAAGAGACUCUCGGAUAAUACUAUAAACACACCAGGUUCAAUUACACUACACUAAAACCAGAGAAAAAAAACAUGGAUUAGGAAAAAAGGACAUAAAAUAAUGACAAAGAGUAAAGGAAAAGGAGAGACAGAGAAUGUGUGUGUGUGAGAGAGAGGAUGGGAGAGAGAGAAUGAUAGAGAGAGAAUAUGUGUGUGUGAGAGAGCAUGAGAGAGAGAGAAUGAAAGAGAGAGAAUAUGUGUGUCUGUGAGUGAGAGAUAGAGAGAGAUGAUGAGAGAGAAUGAUACAGAGAGAGAGGAUGAGAGAGAGAAUGAGAGAGAUAUGAAUGAAAAUUAAAUAGAAAGAAUGAAAAGCAGAAAUCAAGAGGAAAAACAAAAAGUGAAAGACAAACACAUUACAUGAGCGACUGACAGAAAAAGUUCGAAACAAAAAAGUGAGAAGAAAAGAAAUGUAAAAAAUAAUGGAGAGAAAGAAAGAGCAAAAAAGGAACAAUAAAAAUGAUAAAUAUGAAAGAGAAAGAAAUCAUGGUAGGGGAAUAAAAAGGUAGGACACAAUUGCUAAAAAGCAGGAGAAACCGUGGAAAAGAAGAGGAAGAGAGACAGAUAAAGAAAAAAGGAAAGAGAGGAAGGAGAAAAGAGUGAGAGGGGGAUGAAUGAAAUGAAGACAGAUUAACGUUUCACCUUGAAGAAGUCUGUUUUGUCAGCGAUGUGCUUUAACAUCCCCUGUGUGAGCGGCGGCCUGAUCACCACGGCAACAUGACCCUGGCUCGGGCUCAUCGGCUGGGCGGAGUCGGCCACGCCCACCCGUUCUGCUGUCACCAUGGCGACGGACUGCGUCAGACCCACCAGGUCCAUGAGGAGGGAGACGGUGACGGCGCGGAUGCUGAAGUCCAGCUCAGAGAAACAGGUGUUCGUCAGAGACUUGAGCCACCGAGGAGGCGGAGUCACACCGCCGCUGUCUGACAUCAUCACCACACACACGUCAUUAAUAAUCAUAUUAAUAUUAACUAUUAUUAUUGUUGAUGUUGAUAUUAAUUUAUAAGUAAUCAUACACCGUAAUUAGUAAUAAUAAACAGCAAAUAAUAAAUAAAUCAGUAAUAUUACAUAAAAAAGUAAAUCCAGAAUAAUCAUCAGAAAACUUUCAAAUAAACACUAACAUGCAAAUGUGAGAGUAUGUUCUGUUUAAUAUGCGCUGGUUAAAUAAAAUCAUUUUGGCAGCCGUGAACGCAGACACACACUCCUUCUGUUCAAAUACACCUAGCCACUCUGUUAACUCCGCCUCCCCCUGGUUAGCCCCGCCCCCCGCUGUGUGAUGUAGAGCUCCACCAGUCUGCACAGAAAGUGCUGGAAGUGCCCGAGGCAGUGCUGCAUCACAGGAGCACCAGAGAACCAGGCUGGAGUUUAGGAUCGGACUGGAGACGGGCAUGGUCAUCAGACUCCGCCUCCUCGUACUGAACAAAAUCUGUAAAGCUGCUCUCUGGAGAACGAACUGCGGAGAGACUUUCCCUGUCCUCAAACACGUCCUUGCUGACCGGGACAUCCAGACAUGACCGGGCUGGGGGGGGAGAGAGAGACGAGAGAUAGAGAGAGAGAAAGAGAGGGAGGCGAGAGUGAAGUGUCCAGCGUCUCAUUAGUGUGUGACAACUGCGUGAUGACUUCACUCAGACUGUGUGUGUGUGAUGUGUGUGAGUGUGUGAGAUACGUGUGUCGGUGAUGUGUGUCUGUGUAAGUGUGGUGCACUGACCUGGAGUGUGUCCUGCUCUUGGGCGGGGCCACUGGACGGGAGGACGAGGGGGGAGACGAGCGGAGGUUGGACUUUGGAGCAGAGGUACAGACAGUGUUGCAGACCGAGCUGCAGCGUAACAGCCGACACUCCUCAACACUCCUCAACAACAACUGGGGCAAGUGUUCUGUCUGGAUCUCUAUAUACACAUCUCCUACACACACUUACAGACAGAGAGAGAGAGAGAAUGUAAGACAGCUGAUCUGCUGAAAGUCAUGCUGUAACUGAAGCUGAAACUGUUACACAGUCAGUGUGUAAAAUGUAAAGUCUUGAUGCUGUG